AUGGUGUUCGAUUCCAUUCCACGCCCAGAUGCCGUGUCGUGGACAAUCCUGUCCAGGGCAUAUUCCCUGUCCGGGCAUCUUGAGGGCGCGACAGAGGUGUUUGCAAAGAUGCCGCGUCACGAUUCCGGAGCUUGCACGGGCAUCAUUGGCGCAUUCUUGCAGUACGGCAUAUACGGCAAAGCCCAUGGCAUCUUCUCCGAGAUGCCACACCGCAGCAUCACGUCCUGGAAUGCCGUUUUAGUGGCGGCAUGCUCGGGUUAUGGAGAUUCCAGGGCAGUUUUUACCAGGAUGCCAAUGUGGAAUCUGUCAAGCAAGACCGCAAUGCUCCAGGCGCUUGCCCAGAGCGGCUGCUUGGACGAGGCCGAGAAGAUUUUCCAUUCCAUGGCUUCUUCCACUGUGAAUGUGGAUAUGGUGUGCUGGACUUCAAUGAUAAUCGCCUAUUCCAUCCAUGGUUCCAUUGAUAGAGCGAGAGACAUCUUCGAUCUAAUGCCAAGGCGCGAUUGCGUGUGCUGGAACGCAAUGGUUGGAGCAUAUGCCCAAAACGGGCAUCUCGCACUCGCUCAAGAAGCCCUGGAGAAGAUGCCCGAGAGGGAGGCAAUGUCGUGGACGGCGACGAUUGCCGCACACGCGCAGAGGGGCUACGUGGCAGAAUCUUGUCGGCUGUUCGAUCUGGCUGUCCAGAAGGGAGGUGGAGACGAUGCAGUGCUGUGGACGGCCCUGAUUGCGUCCUACGCUCUCAACGGCUGUGCCAGGGCGACCGUCGAUACGCUCAGGGCAAUGCUCCACCACGGCAUCCCAGCCGACCACGUGGUCUUCAACAGCCUUCUCUUUAGCUGUGGCCAUAGCGGGCUGGUAGCAUUGGCGCGGGAGAGCUUUGUGUCCAUGAGACACGAUCACUCGCUGGAGCCAGGGCUCGAUCACUACACGCGAAUGCUGGGGAUUCUUGCGCGUGCUGGGCAAAUCGAAGAAGCACUAGAUCUCCUCCAAGCAAUGCCCUACCGCCCAAACGAUGUAACGUGGACUACAUUCUUGAGCGCGUGUGGGGCGGGUCAGUUGGAUCCAGCGAGCUCCAUUCACUAUGUGUUGCUUACCAAUAGCAUUGCGCCCUAA